AGAGGGCGUGGCCUGCAGACGCCGGGCUGGUCAUUGUGUGCGCGAGCAGCACGACGUCUUCCUUCCUACCUUCUUCUCCUUCGCUCUUCGCGGACGUCAAAGAAGACUUCCGUCCCAUGCCGCCGUCAGCGCGGACGUGCACGCGCAUAGCUCCACUGAGGGGGUCAACCCCCACCUGCCACCGUCCUCACCACUUCCUGUCAGCUGACGGCGACGCCCACUAUGACCCUCUGAAGCCCGCCUCCUCUCCUGCAAGAUGUCUGGCGGGCGACCAACGUGGACGCUGACCUUGCUGCUGCUGCUGGUGUCUUCCUGGUCUUCCUGCCUGGACUCUUUCCCAGCGGACCUGCAGCCAAUCAGCGUGGUGGAGCGGGAGCAGUCGCGUCACUACGCCGCCUUCAGAGCAGCGCUGGACAACCACACACUCGCUCUGGACUACCAGGGCAUGUUACGUGUCAACCACAUGCUCUUCAUCACUGCCAGGGAUCAGGUGUUUGCAGUCAACUUGAGCACAGCAGCAGAAAACUUCAUCCCUCAACUGACGCUGACGUGGCGUUCCAAAGAUGUCAGCAAGUGUGCGGUCCGAGGAAAGAACAGCGACGAAUGUUUCAACUACGUCAAAGUUCUGGUGGCACGAGACGAUGAGACCCUGUUUGCCUGCGGGACCAACGCCUUCAACCCCACCUGUCGGAACUACAAGAUGACCACGCUGGAGCAGGUGGGGCCGGACCUGGCGGGCCAGGCUCGUUGUCCUUUCGAGUCGGGUCAGUCCAUCGCGGGACUGUUUGCUGGCGGAGACUUCUACUCGGCCACCAUGACCGACUUCCUUGCCAGUGACGCCGUGAUCUACCGGAGCCUCGGAGACGGGCGGCCCGUCUUGAGGACGGUCAAGUACGACUCCAAGUGGCUCCGAGAGCCGCACUUUCUGCACGCCAUUGACUACGGAAGCUACGUUUACUUCUUCCUGCGUGAGAUAGCAGUGGAGUACACCGCCUUGGGGAAGGUUGUGUUUUCUCGGGUGGCGCGAGUGUGUAAGAAUGAUAAUGGCGGCUCCCCAAGAGUUCUGGACAAGUACUGGACCUCCUUUCUGAAGGCCCGUCUGAACUGUUCGGUUCCGGGAGAUUCUUUCUUCUAUUUUGACGUGCUGCAGUCACUCACCAAUGUGCUGCAGAUCAACGGGAGGCCCGCCGUGGUCGGUGUCUUCACCACCCAGGCCAACAGCAUCCCCGGCUCUGCAGUUUGUGCGUUCUACAUGGAUGACAUUGAGAAGGUGUUCAACGGAAGGUUCAAAGAGCAGCGGAACAGCGACUCAUCGUGGACUCCAGUACCUGAUGAGCAGGUUCCCAAACCCAGACCCGGGUCGUGUGCUGGCGACGGCCCGGCCGCCAACUUUAAGUCUUCCGUUCAGUUCCCGGACGAGACGCUGAUGUUUAUCAAGUCGUACCCUCUGAUGGACGAAGCUGUUCCCUCCGUCAACCACCGGCCUUUUUUCACCAGGACGUCCGACAGGUUCAAGCUGACCCAGAUUGUGGUGGACGUGGCAGCCGGCCCCAACAAGGAUUGGACCGUCAUGUUCCUAGGCUCGGACGAGGGGAGAGUCCUGAAGGUUUUGACCGGCAUGCUUCCCAAUGACACUAUUGGAUCCAAACUUCUGGAGGACAUAGACGCCUAUGAUCCGUCUAGGUGUGAUAUUCAGGACCAACAAGACAGGAAGGUUCUGGGCCUGGAGCUGGACAAGGACCAUCACGCCUUGUUUGUGGCCUUCAGCAGCUGUGUCAUCCGAGUGCCGCUUAGCCGCUGCAGCAGACAUGGUGCCUGCAAAAAGGCAUGUUUGACCUCUCAUGACCCGUACUGCAUCUGGCUGCGCACAGGGAGCUGCACUAACAUGGCGCCAGGUUUCAAGGCGGGGUUCGAACAAGACAUCGGGGGCGACCACUCAACUGCUGCUGGCUGUAACGCUGACGUCUUGGAGAACUCUCGUGACCAGGAGUCACCCGCUGACUCUGCAUACGGGGUCCAGCGUCUUCCUGAUGUGGACCAGCAGUCAGCCGCUCACGUGCAUUACACGCUGCUGCUCGCCUGCGUGCUGCUAGCCUUCUUCUUGGGCGUCAUCUUGUCUGCCUUCCUGGCGUCGUGUUACUGCGACCGCAGCUCCAACCACCGCAAGAGGAAGUUGUCUAAGGACCCUGAAGUGGCGCUGCCACCUGCCCUGUCUCUGCGCUCUCUCGCCAAGCUGAACGGCCUCCUGGAUGGACAGCCCGAGGACGAGAAGACAGACAUGUCCACCUGUCCAAAGGCGUACACCUCCUUCAUCCCCGGCGCAGGCACAGAGUCGCACCUUUUCAUUGCUGCGCACCACAACCUUCCUCUGGGAGAAGCUCGACUCAGCCUUUGCCAGGAGGACGGUGAGAUGUCGGGUCUUCCCACGCCGGACGCCAGCCCAGAAUUCCCAAAGCCGACGAGCAAGGAUGGACGGCAACAUCCCUAUGAGAAGAAGGCUACAGACGCCAUUGAGGUGGUUUCGGGGAAGUCUCAACCCACCUUCCCCCUCUCUAGGCGCCAUGGCAACAGCCGUAGCGAGGACCGCAAGGUUUGGCGCGAUGAGCGUGCCACAGGAGACUUUCAUCACUGCCACAAGUCCUGCACUCCGGCACCGGUCGACGUGUCGGCGCUGGACGAACUGCUCAAGCACAUCCAAGAGGUCAGCGCCUCAGGAAGUGGAGGCAUCAAAGUCUUGACGUCCGCGUCCUCUUCCUCAGCAGAGCAUCAUCAUCGCCAAGGCAACCAGCACCACGACAGCGGCCAACAUCACCCUAAGACGGAACCAACUUCAUACCCCGGCGCCCCCACGCUACUCUGGGAAAGCCUCGGCAAAAGGCCGGACAUGCCCAGUCCAAACUCCGCCAAGGCUGUGGCGGGGAUUCCGUCCUCGCCCGCACACUUGCAGCGGCAUGCCCUCAUCAAGAUGGGCAGCGGCCUGCCGCGUCACCACAGCUUCAACCAGCGUGCGGCGCCACCCUUCCUGGCCAGGAUGAACACCAACAGCAGCAGCAACGGGCCGCCUGCCGCCAGCGCCUGUCUGACGCGGCAACACAGCUACAGCGAAGGACCUCAUGCCCGACGGGCGGCCAUUGUGCGGCGAGCGGUGUCUCUGAAACCCAAAGUCCCACCCAAACCCUUGUUCCUUCCCAACGUGGCCACGUCCGCGCUCUAUGAGGCGCCAAAGGACCACUACUGAGGCGGAGCUCAAGAAGAAGAAAAGAGAGCGUCUUCUUUGGGCAUCAUUCUGAUCGGGACGCCGACAACGGUAGCAUUGAGAGACAGCCCCUCCCACUUUGCAUCACAUGACCCUCUGGCUGAGGUACCCCCUCACCAGAACCUUUUGUACCAUAUUGGUAUGUGUCACCCGACUAAGGGGGCGGGGCUUCUUGCAAGAGCAAUAACACAUGCUGACAGACGAGGUUAGCAUGUGGCUAGGAACUUUCCCACUUUUGGAUCUGGAUUUUAAAUAAAAGUUUUCAAA